GGCGUACGGCGGAGGUUCCGAGACGGUGCGGGGAGGUCAGAGGAUCUGUCGGCGGAGGUUCCGAGACGGUGCGGGGUGGUCAGAGGAUCUGUCGGCAGAGCCUCAGCACUAAUCGCCACCACCUUCAGGCCAACCGCCGCCACCCCCGGCAGCUGAAGCCAUGAACAAGCGAGCCAAGAUAGCAGAGCCGGAGGCCCGGGCCACCAUUGUAGGCUCUUGUGUCCAGCUCAGAAUUGACUACGAGCAAAGCAAGCAGCUUCCCAUCGGCAAGUCUAUCCUCUCCGACGUCAUCUCUGCCGGGGGACACCUCUGGAGGAUUGCCUUCUACCCGCAUGGGAGAACGGUGGCCGACAAGGCCGAGUAUAUUUCCAUCUUGCUCGUUCACAUUAGCGAAUCCAGGAGCGUCAGGGCCCGGUUGGAGGUCUCCAUAAUGGGCAGGGAUGGCAAACCAUCGGACAUAGGAAGGAUAUGUGGAACCUUCGAAAUCAGUGAGGAUGACUCAUUGGGAUGGUCGUCUCAGUUCAUGAAGCUUAGUGAUGUAGAGAAACAUUUCUUAACAGAGGGACACAUCACAUUCACAUGCACGAUCAUGGUCAUGGAUGACAGUGCUAUUCCAGUCCCGCCUUCAGACAUCGGGACUCACCUUGGCCUCCUGCUAGAUAAUACUGAUGGGACAGAUGUGUCAUUCACCGUCGACGGCGAGAAGUUCCCUGCUCACCGGGCAGUGCUUGCUGCCCGCUCACCGGUCUUCAGAGCAGAGCUGUUCGGUUCCAUGGCUGAGGCUACAAUGUCAUCCGUCACGUUGCACGACAUCACACCUGCAACAUUCAAAGCUAUGCUUCGGUUCAUAUACACGGAUGAAUUGCUUGCAGAACCCAAGCCUGCAGACUCCUCCAUUGAGAUGUUUCAGAAUCUACUCGCUGCGGCUGACCGGUAUGCACUUGACAGACUAAAAAUUAUUUGUGCCCAGAAGCUAUGGGAAAAAGUGUCGGUAGAUACAGUUGCAACUAUCUUAGCUUGUGCUGAAACCCAUAACUGUCACGAGUUGAAGAACAAGUGCAUCGACUUCUUUUCGGCGGAGGAAAAUUUCAAGGAGGCCAUCUUCACCGAUGGUUAUGCAAUGUUAGUUCUGAAAUUCCCAUCAAUUACUGCUGAGCUCAAAAAGAGGGUUAGGGCAUAACACGUCUAUACUUCAGGCGUUCAAGCAGAGCUCUGGUAUGGUGUUUUGGUAUAUACAUGGCGAGUAGUUUGUAGUUCCUCACAGCAGGUCAAGCAUACAAUCUCUGUCUGGGGAGCCUGGGAGCUUGAUAUUGCAGAAUCUUGCUAAG